AUGGAUGUAAUCAAGCAAUCCAGGUUCUCACUCUACGACGUAACACUCGGCAAAGAUAUUACAUCAUUUGUCCAAACCAUAAUCAAGAACGCCAGAGCUUGCGAAAUGAACACCCAAGGCCAGUUGAUUGCUGCAUACGAGGCACUUGAUGGAGACAUCCAAACUGAGAUCACCAAGCCGGACUCAACCACCUCAAUGGACAAUUUCCUUAAAGACAUACAGACCCGAGAGACUCAAAAUCAGAACCAAAGCCAGCCUCAGAAUCGAUACUAUCAAUUUCCUCAAGCUCAACAUCAGAAUCAAAGUCAGCAGCAAAAUCAAUACAAUCAAUUUCCUCAAAAUCAACGCCAAAAUCAAGGCCAACAGCAACGUCAACCACUAGUUCCUAAAAACAGACGCUUGCCAGCACCCCCUCAGCAAAAUCAGCAAGGGAACCUCCAGCAGCCUCGCGCCUACUACGUUAAUGACCAAGGCUACCUUGUUUCAACGGAGCCAGUGAAUGAUCCAACAGCGUUCCAAACAUCGGUCCAGGAAGUCCCCGAUCAAGACCUGUCUCAACCCAACAACGGGACCGACUACGAGGAAGUGCAGUACGGCGAAGCCCAACAAGCCGACGCCCAUUAUGCCGAGAUUCAACCACCUGAAUCAGAGCAUCAUGACCAUCCCGACGUCGCGUGGUUUGGUACCACCGAACGCUCUCAAGUCAACCACCGUUGCAAGACUUGCGGUCACUCCUUCCCAAGCGGAAACAAACUUUACAACCACGUCCGAACCCAACACCCCAAGCUUAAGGAGCCCAGCGUACUAUACGUCAACCAAACCCAGGACUCCAACCACGUCGUUCCAAAAAACGACCCACGCCCCCGCCACCACUGAAGGCUCCAAACGAGGGCGCUCAAUAGGAGCCUAUACCCGUGACCAGCGUAGAGUCGGCCACCGGCCACUCUGUAGAAACUCCACGUCAAACCCCAAUCCUCAGACUCCCGAUCCGAAAAUCGACCGUCAACUCGGCCGCAGACCACGGCACGGGCUUCGGAUACAGGCGGUGGACCUACCUCAAAGUCUAGGUAACGCCCAACCCCAAGUCUAACGUCGAGCACGAUGUAUACAUAGACAUAGGCUGCUCUGCCUCUCUAGCAGAUAGAGUAUAGGGGAAUCGGAAACAAUUCUUAUACU